UGUUCGAGAUUCGAGAUUCAACUUCUCUUCUCUGUCUUUAAUUGAAUAUAUAAUCUUACGUUCAAUUCGUUCAAUUCGUUCAAUUCAUUCAAUUCAAUCCAUUAUUACUUCAUCACUUCAUCACUUUAUCCAAGUGAUUGUCCAUAUCUCAUCUUCUUGUUUGGUAUUUACAAACUCUUUCCUCUCCUUCCUUUGAUAAAUCAAUUAUUCAAAACCCAUCCGUGUACACAUUAUCACAAAAUAAACAUUGCAAGAACAAAUACAAGGUUCAAUCAAACAAUACUUCUACCAUCAAGAUGAAGUUCAUCACCGCUUUGUCGAUUGCAGGUACUCUCCUUUCAGUAUCUGCCCAGAAUUUCGGAGCGGAACCAGCUUGUGCUGUAAGUUUUCUUUUCCUUCCUUUCCUUUCCGUCCCUUUCAUUCCCUUGCCUACUUUCUCAUUCCUUCACUCUCCUCAUCUUCAACCCCAUCCUUUUCACUCUCCUCAUCUUCAACCCCAUCCUUUCCACCCACCUACCGUUUCCUCUCUCCAAUCUCAUUCCACCCUAUUCCACCCCUUUCCCCUCCAUCAACCAUCAACCAUCAACCAUCAACUAACCACUACACAAAAACAGCUCCCCUGUCUUCAAAGCGCCAUUUCCGUCGCAGGCUGCAAAGCCAACGACCAAGCCUGCCAAUGCGGCACCGCCCAAACCGCCAUCCAAACCGCCGCAACCCCAUGUCUUAUCUCGGCCUGCAACGCCAAUGAGCUCGCAAGCGCGGCUAGCGUCGGCGCUGCACUCUGUGCUGCUUUCUCCGCUUCCGCAUCUGCAGUGACAGGAAGUGUAACCACAGAAGGAGGAAGCGCCAUCACAUCUGGAAAUCCAGGAGGUCUCGCCAGCUCGACCAGCGCACCUGGUGCAAGUGGAAGUGCGUUGAGUUCUAGUGAUCCAGGUGGUGUCCUCAGUAUCCUCACCAACACCAGCGUUUCUUCCACCGGAAGCACAACUGAAAGCGCAACAGGGAGUGCAUUAAGUUCUUCCAACCCAGGAGGAGCAAUCAGUUCCGCAUCAGCUACAGCAUCAAAUCCUGGAGGAGUAAUGAGUUCAGCUACGAGUACGGGAUCUAGAUCCACCACUUCCACAUCAACCAGAACCACAGGUUCGGCAACAUCAAGCUCAUCUACAUCGGCUACGACUAAUGCAGCGCCUACGGUGGGAGUUAAGAUGGUAGGAGGAUUGAUGGGAGCGGCCUUGGGAGUUGUUGCUCUUUUGUGAGAGGAAGAUGGUUUCGUGUGAAGGAAGGGAUAUUUGGCGAAGCUUGCGAAGCUUGGAAAGUGUGGAUAUGUGGAUUUGCUAUGACAUGGUGAUUAUGGGUGAAUUUUUAAUUUAGUGGCUCAGUGGAAUGAAUGGAAAAGUUAAUGAUUUGGUGGAAUGCCCGGAGAAUUGAUGGGGCGGGUGAUAGAUAGCCUUUCAACCAAGGAUGUGGCUUUAAUGCGUCGUCGGAUUUAGUUUCUCAAUGACAUCAAUUACACAACACCAAUAUCAUUUUCAAUUGGUCAAUUUAUCAUUUUGUUGUCAAUUUUCUUCUCAUCAUAUCAAGCAUAG